AUGUACUGUGAGAAGGCGGUAGCCCUCAUCAUUGACCUCUGUCUGGACGACAGCCCACUGUUGCAGCCCAAUACCUGCCAGGACUUCAUCACACUGCUAGCCACCAACCAGAACCCAAACUCUGCAGGGUCAGUGCCCCCUGCUCCAACCUCUCCAACCUUCGUGUAUCUCUCCUUCAGCCUCCUGCUCCUGGUGUUUGUGGCCUGUGGCCUGGGCCUGCUGAGCGUCAUCGUCUUUGCCUCCUGGAAGCUGUGCAGGGUGCACUGGCGCACCAAGGACCUCUCCUCCAGUGCCACUGCCCUCGCCCCCCCCUCCUCUGCCUCUGACAGACCCUACGACAGAGUCUUGCCCGCACACGGCCACAGGCCUACACUCGUACACGCACACACGCACACACACGCCAUGGCGUCGGACAAGCUGAAUCCUUUGGACCCGGCAAGUUUCCUAGAGGCAGCUGUGAAGAUCAGCCACACGUCACCUGACAUCCCUGCCGAGGUGCAGCUGUCCAUGAAGGACCACUUCCUGCGCCGCACGCGUAUGUCCAGGCAGACCACCGAGCCCAACUCCUCCAAUAGGCACAGCUCCUUCAAGAAGCACCUCCCCCGACAAAUGCACCAUGUCACCAGCCUUGACCGAGGCAGCGACUUCCCCUAUACAGAGGACCAAUCCACCAGCCUAGCCAGUUUGGGCCGCAUCCAGCCAGAGCUCUACAAACAGAGCCCACUGGAGGCCGACGAGUCCUCCAAGAACUGCGCCGCCGCCAAGACCUGUGGUAAGAUCAACUUCUCCCUCAAGUACGACUACGAGUCUGAGGCUCUCCUCGUCAACAUCCUCAAGGCCUUCGACCUGCCCGCCAAGGACUUAUGCGGCAGCUCCGACCCCUACGUCAAAAUCUACCUCCUGCCUGACCGCAAGCGCAAGUUCCAGACCCGCGUCCAUCGCAAGACGCUCAACCCCAUGUUUGAUGAGUCCUUCCAGUUCACCGUGCCCUACGAGGAGCUGGGCAGCAGGAAGCUGCACCUGAGCGUAUUUGACUUUGACCGCUUCUCCCGCCACGACAUGAUCGGAGAGGUCAUUCUGGAGAAUCUGUUUGAGGUGUCGGACCUCUCCCGUGAGAUGGCCAUCUGGAAGGAUAUUCAGUACGCCACCUCUGAGAGUGUAGACCUGGGGGAGAUCAUGUUCUCUCUCUGUUACCUGCCGACCGCAGGCCGACUCACCAUGACCGUCAUCAAGUGCAGGAACCUCAAGGCCAUGGACAUCACAGGAUACUCAGACCCAUAUGUCAAGGUCUCCCUGGAGUGUGACGGACGGCGCUUGAAAAAGAAGAAAACCACCAUCAAGAGGAACACUUUGAACCCCACCUAUAACGAAGCUAUCAUCUUCGACAUCCCCCCUGAGAACAUGGACCAAGUCAGCCUGCACAUAUCCGUCAUGGACUAUGACUUGGUGGGACACAAUGAGAUCAUAGGUGUAAACAGAGUGGGCAGUCAUGCAGAGGGACUGGGCAGAGACCACUGGAACGAGAUGUUGGCCUAUCCACGCAAGCCCAUCGCUCACUGGCACUCUCUACUGGAGGCAAGCAAGUCUCAGAAAGAGUGGAAAACCCGCACUGCAAGUUUUGACAGCCAAGGCUCUUGCCCUUCUCCAAGACUCCUGUCUAGUCCAUGAGGGAGGAGCUAGAGUUUAUACUCCACGACUCAACAAAGCCUGCCCUGUAGCAAGGCCUGAAAUAUGGAGUGUCCCAGACCCAGACCCACACAUGUUGUGCCUCAGAAUAUGUCAAGUGCAGUAAAUUGCUCUGGAAUGACAUUAUCUCGCCAUCACACACCCACACACAUACACAAACACAUUUAUCUUGUGCCCUCUUGGACAGCCACUUUGUCAUGGUACGUAUUGCCUAGUGUAUACUGGGUCUGGUGGGAUCAUUGUUAUUGCAACAAUAGUUUUGCAGUUGAGCUCAGCCUGGUUUGGUUAUACACCUGAGGUUAACAUCGUUGUAUAUAUGUAAUGCCCUUUGAUACUGACAUCAAUAAUAGCACUGUAUUUAGAAUCACAUAUUUAUGAUAUUAUCAACAUGACUAUCCCCCUGAAUUUACUUUUCUGUUUCAAUUGUCACCUGUGAAGUGUUUGCCAAUAGUCUCUUGUUCAGGCAAUGUCAUGUACUUUGUUGAGGGAGUUGGCUUGACCUUUGACCCCUUUGCCUCAUUAGCCUUGUGAUAAGUGCUUGAAUCAAUGACUUUCCUCUGUUUUUUCCAAGCAAUUUAGAGUAUCUUUCCACUUUUGUAUUGAACAUGUGUAUUUGUAACAUAACUGUUUCCAGGCGUCCCUUGUAUUUUAAAAGAAGUGAUAAUAAAGUUGUCGAUUCUGGUUCUAACAUUCCAAAUCGAGUGUCGAUAUACUGUAUGUUCCUCUUUUACUGUAACAACAUAGAAGAAAAAUAAGCUACACACUUUCAUGCAAGUAUUUUUUUUAUUCAACAGAAAGGCAUAGCCAGGAAAAAAGGUAAAAAAUGUGUGGUUUUCAGAAGUGCUAAACUGAGAGAUAUCCAGAAAACAUACAUAUCAUACAGCUGCAUGUAUUUACUUCAGAUUCUCCAUUCCACACCCUCCUAGAUCUUUCUUGAUGAUCCUAGAAAUGUUUCACAUCAAGCAAUACCUACAGUAAAUGGAUGCUUUUAUAUCACUGAACUGUUUUGCUGUCAGUAAUCAACACAGGAAAUACAAUAUUACCUUCAGAACAGUGCUGCAAAACCUUGUGCCGAAGUUGAACAAACCAUGUUAGUAAUUUUCACACCUUUGGACAUAUCUAUGUUAUUGAUCUUUGCUCCAGGGAAGAUAAAAGUUUAAAACAUUCCACUGAAUAUGACAGUCUGAAAUAUGUUUUAUUUUUCGCCUACACAGACAUUUCUGGGCUUUUAUUCGGGUAUAGAUGAGCAAAAUCUCAAACCCACCUCAACACUAGACGGCCCUGCUGAGCUCAUACCUCCAGUUUCUUCUUCAUGGCCAGUUUGUAGAGGAUCUGGUAGCCGUCAUCCCAGGCGUAGAUCAGCUGCUCCAGCGGGUUGUACUUGAGGCUGGAGUGAGAGCCGUAGCGCUUGGGAAAGUACACUAGAGGUGCAUCGUCAUUGGUUACCAUAUCACUGACAUCAAAGACGCACUGGACGCGUGAGCGGCUGGGCAGCGCGGUGUUGUAGACCACAUACACCGUGCCGCAGAUGAUGAAGGCGGCCUCUGCGUUCUCUCGCGGGCACGGCGUGUCCCACAUCUGCUCGAUGUCCAGCGUGUUGGCAUCCAUCUUGGCCAGUGAGAUGUGCCUCUCAGUCUCCUUGGUGGCGUAGAUGGCCCAGAGGCCCUCCUCAUCUGCGGCCAGGUCAAUGACCGUCUCCGGAGUCAGGCUGUACACGGGGACAUGGUCCUGGACGGGGAACACAGCGCUGUCUGCCACCGAGCCAUUCUGCAGGUUGUACUUGAUCAGCCGAAGCUCCUUGCCUUCCUUCACGUAGUAGGCGUGGUUGUUGUAGACAGUGUGGCCGCUGCCUCGCCAAGGAGACGGAAGCUUCACGGUCUUGGCCAUGGACGUGCCUUGGGAGAUGGUGAAGUCCCGGAUGGAGCCAAACUCAUAAAUGGUGUCCUCGUCUGUGCCGUUGAAGAUGUAGACUUUGCCCGAGCUACUGCCCACAUCUUUGGUCCACAUGCCCUUUGGGCCUCCAA